ACAUACAGAGGGCCGUCGUUUCGCUCGCUCGAUAGCUUUCUCCUGUGAUAUACAAUUCAGCCUCUUGAGAAUUGAAGGGAAAGUAUGAAACACAGAGAGACGAAAGAUACAUUAUAAAAAUCUUUAAAAUUUUUCAAUUUUUGGGGGAGGAAGCCUAGCUUCUCUUGGCAACCAUGAAUACACGCCACUGCGGAGCGAAUCUUGUAUGUAGGGCAGCGCAGGCAACGCCUCUUCAAAACAAAUUGUAUAUAGGCUGUAGUGUAGUGUAUAGUGUAGCCCUUGCUGGGAGGACUUGAGAACUGCAGUACAUGAUCGCAAUGUCAGUUGUUUCUGUGGAAGUGCGGCAGUUGUUGCCAUGACAGCAUGUAGUUGGUGAAACUCCCCUGUUUGCCAUCAAUUAUUAGCAAUGUGCUACACAUUCAAACGCAUUGCUCUGGUCGUUUUUCAGCUGUCUUUCGCCUGUUUUGGAAUUAAAAGAACCGCAGUGACAGUGAACGUUUUGUGGAACGCCGCAUCGCGUUGCAACUUGCUGGUAGAACGGGGAACAUUUUGAAAAAGUAGCCGGCGCUGUCCGUGUUCGGAAAACCUAUUCAUGUAACGUUAAUCUUUCAUUCACGUAAUCUUUCCUGACCUGCUACACUGUUACCAGGACAGUAAGCGAAAGGGGGAAAGCUUUACAGUAGGGUUAAGGCUAUGGGAGUGACACUGCACUCACCCAAUUCUACAAACAUCCACAGUCUUGAUUAAAACGAAAUACAAUGGGGACGUCUGGAACUGAUGCAGUCGCAUUCUCAGGGGAGGAGGAAGAAGAGGAGGAAUACUAUGAAGUUGAGCAUCUGCCUCCACUCCUUGAAGAUGAGGACAACAAGAUGAGAUUAAUGUGUCUGUGGCCUUUCCUUAUAACUCUCAUGGUGAUCAGGGACCAUAUUAAUUGUACUCUGGGAUGUACAAUAAUAUCCACCAUUGAUCUGCAUGACUAGCUUACUGUACAGAUGUAUUGACCCCUGCUGCGUCCUCUCUUGGCUUUAUGUGGAUAAUACAGGCAUUCAUUAAAACACUACCCCAUAAACUUAGUUUGAGUGUUUUAAAGUUCCAAUGUUAAACAAUGUACAGUGGGCAAUAUGAUUCAGUGCAGAACGGUUAUUCACAGUUAUUCACUCCAGACGUGUUGAGCUGCAGGUACCUUUGCAAGUAUGGAGACUCCAGAGACACCGCAGGGUAAUCAUGAGUGGAGGGCGGUAUGUGCGAGGUCAGCCUGACAGAUGCAUUCAGCUGUAGCCUUCACACAAGGGGAACAAGUGUAAACUUAAUCACAUUUUACCUUUGAAUACUAAGGGGUUCGUUAAACCACUAACAGCUCACCAUGAUUUCCCUCAAUGACUUAGUCACCCACUUAGUAGCCCACCCAGUCCAUCGCUACCUCACUCUUCUUUUCGUUCCUCGAUCUUAUUCGAGGUCCGUCUCUAAACCUUUGAGGUGUUCCACCAGUGUAUAGUUGGUCUUAUUAGAGCUCAUGGAGUGAAGAGGGAAAGUUAUGUAGGCCGGCAUAUUUAACUUGAGGAGGGAGAGACUCAAUGUUUCUCUGCACUGUUCUCAAGGGCAACAGUCUAUUUAUAGGCUUACUGUAUGCUGCUGCUUAGUGACAUCUUUCUGCCCUAUUAUUGUGCCAUAGUCUACAGAAUUAUGGGUGUGCUUUAUUCACCUUCUGCAACAGAAAAUAUAUAUUUUGUAACAAACAAUCAUUUCUUAGAUCUCUCUCAGAUCAACUGAAGAAGGAGGAUAUUGUGUAUUCACUCCAGUUCCAUUUUUUUUUAAAUUUUAAAUGUAUAUCAAAGACACAAAACCAGGGCCUGCAAAGUAUCUGAGUAGGAGUGCUGAUCUAGGAUCAGGUUCCCCCUUGUCCAUGUAAUCUCAUUCAUUAUGGUCUAAAAGACUCGACUGAUCCUAGAUCAGCACUCCGUCUCUGAAAUGCUUUGUGUAUACAGACCCAGAUGUUUUACAGAGAAAAUAGUCAUGGAACGUUCGUGAGGACGGGACAUCCUAGUGGUGAAGCUCAUCAUUCAACUUGACUCCCAUUAUGAAACAAAUGGCAACGACUGAAAUGCCCAUGUCCCAUGAGACUAGGCUUUUGUGAAAAGCCCGUGGUCUGUUACACUGUUCAGUCACAUGCAUAGAAUGGAAAUGCAGAGUAUUGGACACCACGUCACAAUGGAGCCGCUCUAUCGCGGUACUAGCAAAGACUUCCUUUUGUGCUCAUGUGCCAAGCCAACAAAACAUCCCGUCUUCUUCACACGAUGAAAAUGUCGAACAUGCCAUGAGAUGUUUUCUAUUUAUGGAUGCAAUUAGUCUUCUUCCUAACACCAAAUGUGCCCACUUGGCUUUCCACUGUUUGCAGCAUGACAUACAAGGAUGUAGGUGUAAGUGUGUUUAUUGCUGCAGGACACUUACUGUAUUACUUUUGUGUGUGCGUGUGUGUUACUCCUGUGUGUGUUCGUGUGUGUAUGUCUGCGUGUGAGCACAUGCAUGCUUGCAUCGAUGCCUGCCUGUGUGUGUCCCCACAGGAGAACGUGUCCCUGGCGGAUAUCCUGUCGUUGCGGGACAUCUGUCUGACGGAGCAGGAGGUGUGGGCGGUGUGUGUGGAGUGUGUCCUGGCCUUGCAGAGUAUCGCCUCAUCACCCCUGUUCCACACCCUGUGCAUCACGCCCGACACCCUGGCCUUUAACGCCCAUGGCAACGUGUGCUUCAUGGAGCAGCUCAGUGAUGACCCCGAGGGCUCGUUUAUACCUCCAGAGUUUGACAAGACUGGCAGUACCUUUGAGGGACAUGUGUACUCUCUGGGCUCCACCCUCUCUGCCGCGUUGGACUUUGUCAUUGAGCCAGAGCUGGAGGCAGAGCUGGGGGAUGAGAUUCAGAGACUGCUGGAGCAGAUGCAGGAGGAGGGGCCAGAGGACAGGCCACUCCCCCAGGACCUCCUCUCCCUUGCAGAGGAAAAACUAGUAGAUACCUCUUCCACAGCCCUGUGCCGGAAACUCUCUUCUAUAGGACGAAGAGUUCUGUCAAUCGAAUCCGUCGCAACAUUUCAAGAUGGAUGGCGUGGCUCUUGGGAGGCUCGAUGGCAGCAGCCCAAACCCAACUGGCAGCUCCACAAGAGCAUCGACUCUGAGGACAGUAGCUCCAAAAACCAGGGCAUUGUCUCACAUACCACGGCAGAGAACCCGGACUUAAACGACUCCAACGGCCUGCAUCGGCAUCACGUAUGUGGAGCCUGGGACUCCACCCUUUGGGCCGACGGUAUGGGGGAUGUGGAAGAGAAUGGAUGUGUCAGAGGGGAGGACAUGUUUGGUUCUCAGUUGGAUAGCAGAUCUCAGAAUAGUUCUCCUGUACACAGGAGGGCUCAGGAGAGGGCUGGGAGGGUGAGGGGGGUUCUGAAUCGUUCCUGCUCCGUUCCAGACUCCAAUAAUCCCCCCGCAUUCCCGCCCGUGCCCCAUGGGGAUAUCAGUGUCAAUGUAUCGGACCUCACGGAGAUAGGAGCUGAGGAAUGCAUGGGGCACGGGUCUGUUUGGAGCACGAGAGGGGACCGAGAGAAGGCCCCUUAUGAGUGCAAUGACUCUGAGCAAUGGGACUCAGCGAGAGACAGUGAGACAUUAGAAGGGGAAAGAGAUUCUACCCUGCCCAUAUGUGGUGCUGAAACAGAUUCAGACAGUCAAAGUGGAACACGAGAUGAAACCUCUUCGUCCCGCCCAGCUCAAGACCCGGACAUGUUGGUCGACUCUGCUUGCAACAUGACUUCAACCUCAAACCUUUACACUCCCAAUAAUCACAUGACUAAAAGCAUGCUGUGCCUCAAUGAACAAUCUCAGGAUGAGUGGAUCUCUCUGAGGGAUCUACUCACACGGAGUGGGCAGAGACUGUCUGUGAAUGAGCUAUGGGCCCUGUGUCAUACCUGCCUCUCCACACUGCAGACCUACUUAGACUGCCCAGCAUACCUGUGCCUGGAUACAAUGUACGUGGGUUGUGAGGGAGAAGUUCUCUUCUUGAAACCUAAAAACACAGGAUCCUGCGAUGCGUUUUAUCUGGCCCCUGAAUUCCAGGAGCAUGGAAUCGUAACUGAAAAGGCCUGUGUUUAUGGGGUGGCUGCCAUCCUAUGGGCCACGGCCAAGUUCAACCUGUCAGCCAAUCAGAAGCUGGCUAUGCCCAGGAAGUUGAAGAUGCUGCUGCUGGAGAUGGCCAAGAGGACGCCCAUCGAAAGACCUUCCAUUGUCGUAGCUAAAAAGAGCUGUCGGGAUUAUCUAUCACGCCUAGGAACGAAUGCUGAGAUAGUGUGGACGAAUCUGAUCAACAGAGUCCACCCGCCACUCACAAAGGACAUUGAUGCAGAGGAUCAGAAUGGAUUGGACAGUAGAGUAAACUCAAGUCAGGAAUCAACACGUAUCAAGAGUGGGUUUGUGCCCAUGGCCACUGAGAGCCGAUUGGCUCCUGUACCUGGGCCUGUUCCCCAUAGCUAUCCAAUUAACGGAGCCCCCCAGCUUCCAGAGGCCUUCACUUCCCUUGCCACACACUUUAACCCCAUCGUCCUGACCAGGGAGGGGGACACUGAGGAAACUCCCCUUCCUGCUUCAGACAUUGAGGAGGCUAUAAGUGAAGUCACAAGAGGCAAUGACAUCGAGCCUGUGCAAGAGGCUAAGGACCGAGAAACCCCCUCACACCUUGGGGACCUACCCCUACCUCAGUCAGAUAGAGACCUACAGGACAACGGACAGGACAGCCCUGCCAAUCAAAGGAGCGUGGUCACACGCAACCUUUCCUCCACUGCCUCAAGCGGCAGGACAUUGGUCAACUCUCCACCUCCCACCUCCCCCAAAUUCAGCAACCAGAGGACUCCCGUUUCCGACCACCCACUCCCUCCUUCGACCACCCAAUUGACUUCGUCUUCCUCUUGCCAAUCGUCAUCCUGCUCUCAUCUGACUGGUGGUGGUAUUUUCAACAACUUCCUAUUGCAUCAGGACCCUUUAACAGGACACUUAACCCUGGUGCCAGUGCAGAUAACAGUCCCUGAGUCCCUCCAUGGUCUGGAGCUCAAUCUGCCCCUGACCUCAAGCUCCAGCUACCUCUAG